AUGAAGCAAAAAAUAGUGAUAAAGGUGAACUUGCAAUGCGAAAAGAUGAAAUCAAAAGCCAUGCUGAUUGCUGUUGGUGUACAAGGAGUGACCUCAGUGACUGUAGAAAAGGAAAAUGAUAAAAUGGUUGUACUUGGAGAAGGAAUUGAUGUUGCUUGCUUGGUUAUUUCUCUCAGGAAGAAAUUUUGUUCUGUCGAAAUUGAAAGUGUGGGAGAAAACAAGCCUCCUCCACCGCCUCCACCGAAGUGUCCACCAUGUGAACCGUGCAAGCCAUGUAAACCGUGCAAGCCAUGUAAACCGUGCAAGCCUCCGCCAUGUGAACCGUGCAAGCCUCCGCCGUGUGAACCGUGCUUGCCUCCGCCAUGUAAACCGUGCUUGCCUCCGCCAUGUAAACCGUGCCCACCUGUGCCAUGUUAUUAUCCCAGUCCAUGCCAAUCAAAUUAUGGAUGUGAAGACUAUGGUUUUAAUCCACCUAACUGCCUCAGCAUGUGA